AUGGCAGCUCACGUACGGCUACUACUGCGACUGCCGCCAUGCUUGCGCCUGCAGGCUCUAUCUUCAGGAUCCACACAAAAUGGCGUCCCGGCACUGCGACUGGCGAAGUCUCCUUGUUCCAGAACAUUUCAGAGCAGCGCAAAGGCAGCCCAACAAGCAAGGAGUGCGGCCCGUAAACCUCUACGCAAGACGUCGCCUGGACAGACUCCACAGCCUGCCUCACCUGCAGUGUCGUCACGGAGUAUUCCAGUACGCCAGUCAGUAUAUGGAGGAGGACCCAAAUCCAUGAUCAGCACUAUCGAGCCUCAACUGGAAAGAGUUCUUCUCUACGCCUCGCCUGACCAUGGCGCUUUCUUUGCAGCUUCCUACAUUCUUGGCGGGUUCCUUCUCCUUGGUGGCUAUUCGUACGCCCAGAUGUUCUUGAAAGACGCCAAAGACAGACCAGUACAUUGGUUCUUCAAGUCACUGGGUGCUAUCUCGACAUUGGCUGUCGUAGCAUUUGGUACGGCCUUCAUUAUGGCACCAAUGAAGCUGAUCAAAUCCAUUGCCAUCAUCACGCAAGCCGCAGGAACAACACCCCUUGCAGCUUCACGUAUACUGCGUGUGGAAGUAAAGAGGAACCUGCCGUUUCUGAAGCCGGAUGUUCUCGAAACCACGCCAUCAAAGAUCUUCCUAGACCGUUACGUCCCGGGCACUGUCGAAAACAUUGACUUCCAGAACGUACCAUUAUCGCAAGCCCGGUCGUUGACGGAGGAAUACUUCACUGGGCAGCAGGAGGUACGCAAAUGUGGGGUCAUGGCAUCUCUCUCAGCAGCAAACCGGUCUGUGUUGAAUCUGUGGCCUGCCAUAAGCCGGGAGAUUCGACGCAUGUUCCUGAGAGACCAGAUGGCGUAUGUUCGCAUAGAAGGUAAUGGCACCUUCAAGCUCGAUCUUCAGAAUUGCAAGCUGCUUGACGGUGGCGGACCAUUGCAUAAAGUGACGAUAGCUGCGGACGGACCUCAACCGAGUCUCUCCGACUUGAUCAAUUGGAGGAAAAGGGGAUGA